AUGUCCACGCAAGUAGAACUGAAAGACGAAGGUGUACUCAAGGACGCAAUCGGUGAUGUCAGGAGCGACGCAUCCCCUACUAACUGGUAAAUUUCUCUAACUCGACAGUGACUUGAGUAACCUUAGUAGGCGUUGCUUGAAGUUUUACUCAGCUGUUCACAAGCUUCAGCUUUAACGUUCCACGUUCCUGUCCUCUCGUAUGCAUGAUUCGCCGAUAAUUUAAAUGUUUCAUUUAUGAUACCUUUUCUCCCUUAGAUUAUAACGAUAUUGCAUGAUGGCGAAUGAGUGUACUUACAUUUCCUUAGUCUGGGUUAGAGAUCCCAUGAUUAAUCAGGCUGGAUUAAUGUAAUAAAAAUUUUCAAGUGUCUACGAGGACCCUACUAAGCCUUACACGGGACCACGGGGGAUUUGAUCCAUACUUUAAUAUCUUGUCCAUCUAAGUACUGGUUGGUUGUAAAUUGUAUAAAGAAUUAACUUAGUACUUGCAAGGAAGCUUCUUGUGAUAGCAGCAUCUACACAGUAUGAGUACAAGAUUAAUCAAGUGGGGGGACAGGGGGUGACAACUUCCCGCUUCCCAUACCCCGUUCUCCCGCCUCCCGUACCUUUUUGUUCCUUUGUCUCCCGACUCCCGCCCUUUAUUGUAUUUUUCCCGUCAUCAUGUAAAUUAAAAAGAUCAAAGCCGGGUUUAGUGUUAAAGCUGUAGGGUAAUUUGCCAAAGAUGAAAAUUGUUACAAGUCAGUUUUCUUAGUUAAACUGAGUUUUCACUAACCUGGUUAUCUAGGUUUGACCACCGCUUCUGACAUCCCACUACAGCGACAAUAGUCUCAGUCCACUGUGCAGUGUAAUAGCUAUUGCAGUUAUCAAAGAUGCAUUAACAUGCAUUUAGGAAUCGAAAUUACGGGAUCAUGCCAAAAUGAAGUGGAAGGGCCAAAUGUUUUUCUUUGUUGUCUAUGAAGUCCAACGGACAGCGUCCCACGCUGUUUGACUUCCUAUUCUAAUAGGGAGUGCUUUGGCCUUAUCCAAAACAAAAAUUGCGUUGUAUAUCUAACCACUCAGCACUCUCCAGCACGAUCAUUGAAUUUGCAUUCCCUGGACACAAGUUUGCACCACGCCGUAAAAUCUUUAGUGUUUUGCAAACUACAAUCGUACACAGAGCGAGCUCCCAGGAAGGUCUUCCAUGUAAUGGAUUUUUCCACACCACACCGAAAAAUACUUAGACCGAUUAAAAUGGUCUUUGACGACAUUUUACCUGCGAGACAGGUCAAACAGGCGAGACACUCGACUUACACAGCCGACACCGUGUACAUGUGUCACGCCACCUCAUUCAUGAGGACUCGUGACCUAUGAUGUAACCGACUUGGAAAGGUUUCCAAUUUCACCGGAAGUAUUGCUCUUUUUUCUAUCCUGAGUGCGAAUUCACGUUUUUUGACUUUUCUUGUAUUAAAAUUUUGAUUUAGGGCCUUGGAGAACGUUAAAUGGAAGUCAAGAAACUUUGUUGGGUUCGUUUCUUUGACCGGAUGAUGAGCAGUAACAAUUAACGAAAGCUUGCCUUUUGGAAUUUCUCUCCCUCUUCCCGCCAUCAUAGAGAUCCCGCUUCCCGCCCUUUCCUCUCCCGUCUCCCGUACCCCUCCCGCCUCCUGUUCUCCCGGGCUCCUGCCCCCCUGUCCCCCUCCACAAUCAAUUCCAAGCAUGCAUCCCCUCCCCUCCCCUGGGCAUUUGCCAGGUUGUGAGUCCCUCCAGUGGUACUUUUGUCAUGUAAGGAUCACCAUGAAAAGUUUCAUCUUAUAAAGUAGUCUCAUGCUCCACCAGUUUCAUUAUUUUGCUAAGGUAUUUGUAACUAUUGUUUGUCCAGUUUUGGAGUAAUAUGCUGUCCCUGUUCUGGAGAACAUUAGCUUCUAAGAUUGAGAGCAUUGAAGCUAGGGUUAUGCGUAUCAUUUUUUGUACAUGUAUGCAUUUACAAUGAGGUGUUAUAUGCACUUUCUCUCACUACAUUAAUGAGAGACAAGCCCACCUUUGUCAGGUUAAGGUUGCAAGACUACAGAACAAAAACCACCCAUUAUAUGUAUAAUGUAUUGUUUCAAUGUUUGUCUUUUAGGAAACAGUCAUUAUUAUAAUAAGUCAUUUUUUGAUACCUCACAACUCAUUUUUUGGUAAUUUCAUAAUUGAGUUAUUCAUCAUCAUCACACUUUUAUUUAUACACGGCAAAAACAUCAGGCUAAUAAUUAUACAAUAUGCUGAAAUGUUACAAACUAAUGAAUUAACAGUAAUAGCACUUAGAUGCAAAAAUGAAUGUUGAAAUAAAUAAAUAAAAUUAAUUUAUAAAAUUAAGGCCUAUUUUUUCAUGAAUGCCGUGUUCGAGGACACAAUGGCACGUGUUUAGUAUUAUUAAGUUUCCAGCAAGAAGAACAGCUCGAGCAUUCAGAAGUAUUGGAACAAUUAGCUUAGAUUGAUUAGUUCCUUUAUUAUACUGAGGUACAAUCACCAUUAGGUGAUCUGAGCCAAGAAUGGUCCUGACAGAGAUAUUGUUUAUAGCAUCUGUCAUUGACAACAACCUCGGCAGCAGUCAUCAUCAGGGUCAAAACGAGUUGUGUAUCAUCAGUUGGGGGCAUAUUCUCUGUAUAGUAACCUGAUAGCUAUAGAUUGUAUAUCUACAACACAAAGAAGUCCUCAGAAAACCCUAAAGACCAGAAUUUUUUCUGCAAAGAGUUAAUAUGUUAUUGCUGGGUUGUAAUCAGGUGUGAGAAAACUAAACCACAAGCAACAAUGGUAAGAAGUUUGCGGUUUUGUGGCUUGUUCACAUGUCUUGGUUCUCUGUUGUGAUUGGUCACAAAGCAAUAAAAUAUUUUUCAGGUGUUCAUGAUUUUUGAGCUAAAACAUGCUUACCUCCAUCGAUGUUAAGUUCAUCUUGAUAGUGCCUGUUUAUCGGGAAGUUUAGGAGAUAAAGGGCUGUUCAGGUCUGCAAAUAUGCUCCAAAUAGCAGAUGUCGUUGUCGAGUUGUCUUCUUGCUGUUCUUGCUAUGUUUUUAGACAAGGGUUUGCUGUGAAACAAGUAAAAUGUUCUGCCAUUUUGUACUCAGUGCCAAAACAACUCAACCUCAUACCCCGGUCUUCUCGGUCAAAGGGUUCAAUUACCUGUCAAUUUUGCUGCAUGAUUGAUGUCAUCACUUCAAUAUCCCAAAAUUCUUCCAAAUUUGGUUGGCAAUAGCUGGUUAUGAUGAAUUAUGCAUGAAAUAUUGGCCAAUCAGAGACUGUGAAAUAUUUUGCAUGAAUAUUAAUUAACUUAUUGAAACAAUCCUCUGCAUGCACUACGCCUAACAGAGUUCUUUAGCUAUCAAUACCUUGUUACUUUUCAUUGAACAAAAUUUUUUCUCAAUUACACAGAGGCAAUUACAAUCAUUGUAAUGAUAAUAUGGUAAAAUGAAGUAUGAUUUAGGUUUAAUGGAACUUUCCCUUGCUCUAGAAAAAGUGAGGCAUUUUUAUGAUAGAUACAUAUGUUCAUUUGAUUUUUUUUUAAAGCUUAGGUGAGCCUUAUUUAAUGUUCUAGAAAGUAUUCUUUUCCUUUGUUUUUAUUCUUUAGUUGGGAGGAGGUGGGUUUGCAUUGUUGGGUUUUAUUAAUCGAUAAGAACUUGACACCUGAGAUUCCAGAACUACCAAUUCUCACAAUUCUGCUGUGAGUCGCAUCUCCUUAUUAUUAUUAUUAUUAUUAUUAUUAUUAUUAUUAUUAUUAUUAUAAAUAUCUCAACUUGAUCGAAGAAAUGAUUAGAAAUUACAGAUGUGUGAAAUUUGUAAAUCUCUCCAUGAGCUCCCUUGGCGACUUUUCUCCGAUGAAUGCUCCACGUUGUUAGUCAUGAUGGAUGACAUUCGCAUUGGCAAAAAGCAACAACUUUAUGUAAUCAAGAAAAUGAUAAAUAUAGCCAUUAGAGCAACAUAUUACAUCUUUUGUUGUAGAAAUAGGAAUUGGGAUAGCCCAGACUUAAUGCAAUUUUGAUUUCUUUUCUUUUCUUUUUUCUUUCUUUUUAUUUUUUUUUUUUUUUUAAAUAAUCCAAUCUCAAGCAGCAUUUGUAAAUUUAUUUACAAUUGUACAUUCAAAAACACAAACAAAGUUUCUAUUCCUAUUAUUAUUAUUUUCUUUUUUUCGCUGCCUCCUGCCAAGACUCCCAAUCUCACAGUUUUUUUGGAAAAAAUCGUUCUGAAAUGAAAUGUAACCUUGUUGAAUAUGAGAAACCAGAACUGCACUUCAGAAGCAGUACUUCUGAUCUCACACACACUAACAACAACAACAACAACAAAACAAAUAAGCUAGUAGGUAAUAUUUAAAUAAACACUUUAUUACAAUACUUGAAAACAUGUUUGUUUAACCUUGAUAGGGGAAAUAGAGAAUCUUGCUACUUUUAGAAGAAUGAAUGUAUCUUCAGACUUUUUUCUUCGGGAAAUGGCAUGUUAAUUAUCAUUCAUCAUCACCAUCAUCAUCAUUAUCAUUAUUAGUGUUCAAAUAGAGUUUUGUUGAGGCAGCUAUAAGUAGAGUUAAUGCUAAUGAAAAUUCUGCUUAGAGAGCUUUGAUUGUUAUAGCCAUUAAGAUAGUGUGAUUUCUGCUUUUCCACAGGAUGCUGGCGGCUCAUUGGGAAGGUAACCCAAAUGUUAUCUUUUACAAAGCAAAAGGAACUGGAGGGGCUGAUGAAAUGGCUGGUUCUCUUGAAGAUGGUGAAGUCAUGUAUGGUCUAGGUUAGAUGCUUUUGGUCAUUUGCAUGCUAUAAGUUGAUUUUUAUUCCUUUCAGCAAUGUGCAAUGAAUGUUGAAUUUCUUAAAGAUGGGACUAAUUUUUGGGCCUGUGUGUGAAACUCCUGUACUGUGACCAUCCAAAUGAAACCUCUUCUUUUGGAUUGGUAGAAAAAAUCCCCUAGUGUGAUGGUUUCGGAAAUAAAACUUUUUGGUGGCACAUUCUUUUCUCAACAUUUUUACAAUAAUAUUUAUAAAUGGGAUUUGGAGAUUUCAGUGUCCACUUCUGGGGUGAAAGCCCAUUACAGUUUCUCAGUUUGUGUUGUCAACUACAUGUCCACAAAAAAAAAUAUCAAAAAUACUACAUGUAUUAAAACAGUCAUCUUUGCAUCAUGUGGCACCUUCAUAGGCAACUCCGUACCCUCAAGCCCGUUCAUCAUGCACUUUCUAUUGACCUGUAUCACUAUUAUAAAGACAACUGUUUUAAUUACAUGUGUGUUAUUAAUAUUGAUGUUUAUGUUGAUGUUACAGCACUGGUCCGUUGCAAGUCUCAAUUCUCGAUUCCUGCCUGAAUGGAGAAUUGAGAACAAGUUAUUGAGAAUUGCGUUGUGGAUUGAGCCUCACAAGACUAGACAAAACACAAAAGAUUCACCCAUGACUGAUUUCUCAAUAAUUUUACAUGUACAUUGACACAACACAAAAUGGCACAAAAUGGCAUAGUUUAUUCCCGCAAGUACAGCUGUAUGCUUAUACAUAAAUUUUGUAAGAUCUGAACAAGACCGAGUUGAGCAAGUUAUUUUUUCUUCAAGGACAACUGUGUGAAUUUAAACUUCAUUUUGCUGAAAUACAGUUUCAAAUUCCAGCUCCAAAUGCAAACAAACAGUGUAUAAAUGUCUACAAGCAAGAAAGUAUUAAUAAAAUAUGUUAAUUAUGUAUUGCAGUUCGCUUGGAAGAGUUAGUAGACAACUAUGUUGAGAAGACUGUAAAAUUUGUUUAUGUUCACUGGGUGGGAGAAAGUGUUCCAUUUAGCAAGAAAGGCAAGUUUGGUGUUGUGCAUGGCAGUGUUAAGGAGCAUUUUCAGGUAUUUUCUGUUGUGAUUUAUGUUUGGUUAUUUAAAACAUCCCAUGUGCAUACAUGAUGCAUGUUUGGCAUGGCCAAUGUGGAUUUAAUUGGAUAUGAAUUGCCACUAUCCAAUGCUCAGUGUGUAACCUGGUGACACAGAUUGAAGCUGCAAAGAUCAUGGGUUGUUAAUCAUUUAUUUAUUUGUUUAUUUAUUUAUUCACUUAUUUGUUAUCAAGCUUUUCAUGAUAAUUUCUGCCUUAGAUGCUUGUAAGUGACAACCAUGUAAGAGCAAUCUUCUUAAUCAGUCUCUACAUACAGUUGUGUACCGUGUCUGGCGAAUUGAUUGUCAACCAUGAUUUCAUUAUAGCCCAGUCAUUGCAUCAUUGAGACGUCACACAAGUCAGAUGUGACAGAAGAGGAGAUGAUGAAAGUUAUUUCAGACACAAGGUGACUUUUCACGCAAAGACCUAUAGAUUACCCAGAAGCCCCUAGCCUCUCCUUACCCACUGCAUGCCUUUUUGCCUUUGCUUACCCAACAAAACACUCAGUCCGACAUCUACUAUGGAGGACAAAAGAACUUUGGACUGUGUGAAAAAGCCCUUCCAAGUAAUUGUUACAUAGGACCCCACUCCUAACGACAAUUUUUGUUUGGCUUUGGGUUCAUCCCGUCGUCCCCCCAACUUCCCCCGCGAUGUUGUGGCCAAAAUAGCACUCAUUUCCACGCAUUUUGCUCAAAAUUCAACUUUGAUUGGGGUGGGAGGGGAGGGUUCGCCAGUUUCAGUAAUAUCACUGAAAAGGUCCCAACACUUUUGACCUCCAUUGUAGCCCCAUGUAAGGGAAUCCAGGGAACAUUAUUGGAUUCUGGAUUCCACGCUGUGGACUCCAGAUGCCAGCUACUGGAUUCUGGAUUCUGUGUCAAUGGAACUUAGUUUCCGGAUUUGUACAGGUAAUAGCAUGAUUAGUAGUGAUAUUUGGCAAAAAUACCACGAGUGAUAUUUCGAAAUUGGUAUACGUAAUUUCACGAGCCGUUAGGCGAGUGAAAUUUGAGACAAUUUUUAAAUAUCACAAGUGGUAUUUUUGCCAUAUAUCACGUACAAAUCAUGCUAUUAUUUGUUUAUACUACUACCCGCAAAAGGUUUGUAAUUUUCACCUGUAGGUAUUUCAAAUUAAGCUGAAAUACCACUGCUCUAAGCUAAUCAAAUUGCAGAAAUUUCUCAUCUAGUAGUAUAACAAUCGUUUAUGGUGGGAUUCCAGAUUCCUUUAGCUGUACAUGUAUUCCAGAUUCAAGCUCAGCAUUCGAUAUUCUGUAAGCCAAAAUUUCCCGGAUUCCCGAUUCCACUGCAAAAAUUUCCUGGAUUCCAGAAUUGGGAUUUCUUUACAAUGUAUGUAGCCUCCCCGCAGACGUCCUUUUGGGUUCGUUUGUCACGCAUUCAUUGUGGGGGAGAAAUGAAUGCGUGACAAACGACCCGCAAAGGACGUGUGCGGAGAGGCUACAAUGUAUGGGGCGCGCAUCCUUUAUUUUAAUUGUUUAAAAUGAAGACUGGCAUUGGCUUGUAAUGUCGUGACCGCAUAUGAGGGCCUGGACAUGAGUGUUUUCCUAGAACGGGCUGCUGCAAAUGAUAAGCUUGUCGCUCUUGAAACACCGAGUUAACGUUAAUGUCAGUGCAAGAUUAAUUAUUAAGCCGAAAUUGCGUUUAAGAGCCUUUAGGUUAACACAUAGUAGCCUUUGCAUCGAUAAUAUAGGUGUCCUUGACGAUUAUCCUGAGAGCCCGCGCUUGAUGUGGACACCUGGCCCCAGUUGUUCAAACGGAUAGGUAUUAGGAAAAUCGAUUGCGUUAUCCACUGGAUAGAGAUUUAUCCCGUGGAUAGCGUUAUCCAGCUUUCGAACCACUGAUAUUUUCAUGUCCAUUUCUGUUCGAUGUUAACCGGAUUCCUCUUUACAUUGAGUAAAUACCAAUAUGGUAGCGUGCUAUGUUAAGGAACACAAUUUUGACUCUGGCAAACAACAGCAGCGGCGUGCACGUUGUUCUGUCGUGGGUUUGUUGAUCGUGACUCAUGGUCGUAAGCCGUGAUAGGUAGUAUACAAUGUAGCAUGAUUGUGGCGCGCCCCCUUUAUCAUCGUCGGCGAUAUUGUUAACCAGAAAGUUGUUUGCAUUGUAAUUGUCUCCUUCUUUUUCCUUUCUAUUUUGAUUCAGUGGACGUACAAACAAAGUGCUCGAUGCCACAGAUGCUGCCCAAAGACAGGUGACCGAUGUUGUUUAAUAUCAAGAAGUUAGACAACACAGUAUUCAGUAGUCCGGCUAUCAGUGCAUUUAAGAUGCAAGGGUGCAGCAAUGCUGAGAGCACUCGCCUCCCACCAAUGUCGGUUGGUUUCAAAUACCGGCGUCGACGCGUUAACGUGUUGGUUCUCUACUUUGCUCUGAGAGGUUUUUCUUUGCUUAGGGACCAGUCAUAAUUUAAGUUGGAGGGGGGGGGGGACGAGAAAAUUGGGGGCCUUCAAUUUUUUGGGAUGGAAUAUGGGGGGCCUUAAAAUGCCAAAAGAUGACCUUGGGGGGUCUUCAAGUUUCUUUUAAGUAGCAUCCCUACUGAGCAGCAUGAUGUUUGAGUAUUAAAGGACCUGAUUUUGAUUCAGUUUUACACGAAGUCCUAUAUUGUGUAAUACUAAAACAAUUUAAUCAGCAUUUUUACAAGAUUUAAUGCUCAAAUAGUAGGUGCAUCAACACAACAUCCAUUGUUGUGUAACAAUUUCAUCGGCAUUUUAACAAAUGAUUACAUGCAUAAAGUCAUGUCAUGCAAUCUCACUAUCCGAAUCAUUAUUUGUAGAUGAGGUUGAUGCGGACACACUGUCUGUGUCACCGUCAAGUUUUUCGCUAUUAUAGCAUGUACUGCUCAUAUAAAAAGCAGUAAGUUCUGGCUGAUUAUCUUCUUUCUUCCUUGAAGCGGUCCUGUCGGCCUCUCACCUUUCGAUGGCUUGUCUUAUCUCAAUUAUAACACAAUCACUGAUAUAUCCUUGCUCUAUAAGCUGUUUGAGAGGCUCUAGGUGAAAUCUCUUUCUCAGUUUAGUGUGAAGUGCUUCUCUGUUGUUAGUUGGCACAUUCGGAAGUGACAGUGAGUAAGAACGGUAAAGUAAAGAAAAUGUUAUUUGUUAUUACCAUUUGGGUAUUAUGUAUAAGAAAGGGGGGCCCUUAAAUCUUUUAACAUGAUUGAAGGGGGGUACCUAAAAAACAUGGGUGCUAUUAGUGGGGGUCUGGAAAAAAUUUGGAAUAAAAAACAAUUUCUCCUCCACUCCCCCCUCCAACUUAAAUUAUGACUGGUCCCUUACUCCGGUUUUCCUCUCUCCUCUAAAACAUUUCUAAAUUCAAACGUGACCAGGAAUGGUAGCGAAGAAUCACUAAGGGGAUUUGCUUCCUCUAGAUCGUUGUUUAUUUCAAUUUUUAUUUAUUUAUUUUUAUUUCUGUACGUCUCUCUGUCAGUCACAAAGUUAUUGGUCGAGGCAGCAUUAAUUUUGUUGAAUCCAUUCCUUAGUUUUCUUAUAACUGAACACAUGAAAGUGCUAUUAAAAGACCGCUGUAAAACAAAACCGCUAAUGUGUUGCAUUGAAUAACACAAAAAAGGGCAUUUUUAAUUAGCUAGCAAAACAAUAUAUGAAUGACGAAAACGGUUCCUAGCCCUCUGUCACCAUGGCUAUAAUUUCUAGGGUAUAGUUGUAACUUUGAUACGAUCAAUGCAGGUAGACGGAAUUGCUUUUUUCAAUGAGGCUUUCAACACGGUCGACGUCAAACUGGGUUUUGUUUUUAAUUGUUUUUAUCUUUUUGUUUGCUUGUUUUUGACUGUAUGUCUGCACCAUUUAAUGCCUUUUUGUGUGCGUGUGGCAGGAUCGUGGUUUUACUAGCAGCAGUAAUGUUAUCAAGACUGGAAAGGCGGUGUCUAGUUUUCAGACCCCGGGAUCUGGUAAGCCUUCAACUUGGCUUGGCUAGUUAUAGCUUGAGAAAACAGCCGACAUUUCGCUGGUUCCCCCUCGAAAUAACGUCUGAGAAACUAGCGUAGAAAUUCCCUACUGAUGACGCGUCACUACCCAGUUCUGGGUAGUGCUACUGACUGAUGGUGCCGUAAGUGAAAUUUGCUUCAACCAAUCAGAAGUACUACCCAGAUCCGGGUAGUGACGCAUCAUCAGUGUGGAAUUUAUGCGCUCUUCUCUCAUACGUCAUUUCGCGGGUAACCAGCGGUGACGUCGCGAAAUGUCGAUUGUUUUCUCCGGCUAGAAUAGUACUUGAUAUGAUAAUAGCGAUGAUUUAUUAAUCGGUCUUUCUAUUCCUGUUGUUAGGUAUGUGGGGUUGGGGGGAGGAGAGGUUAUUAUGUUGGUUUCUUGAUGUGUUUUCUUAUCAUGUGUCUGCGUGUUUGCCUGCAGUCGCUGUCAACAUCGACGAUGCUGUAUAUGGAGCGAUAGCUGAAGUGCGAAGUGAUGAUACGUCAACUAAUUGGUAAGGUUAAAAAAAGUAAAUGUGUGUAUUUAUGUUAUUAAUUGAAUAUUAUUGUCUAUUAUUAUUGUUAUUUCUGUUACUUUAUCAUCAUCAUCAAAACCACCACCACCACCACCACCACCACCAUCAUCAUCAUCAUCAUCAUCACCAUCAUCAUUAUCAUCGUCAUCGUCAACAACACCUAACGCGGUCUCUAUUGUAAAUUGAGUAAAGGACGAAGUCACUGAAAUUAACUUUAUUUAGCCUGCGUAGCAUGGCAGUUUUGUCGAGCCGGGCGCAGGAGCGGCGAAGCCGCGAGAAAAAUAAAAACCGCCUGCCCGGAUUCGUGGCCUUUUCAACUGCCGCCCCCUUCAACUCAUUUUGACAUCCUGUUGACAACUUGUUUGGUUUCAGUUUUCCCAGCCAAUCAGAAAUAAAAUGUUGACAGCCUAAACACGACACAAAAGCUCGUGAUAUAGCAAUAUAGUGUAAAACGUGACCUUGGUCGGAAUUGGAGUUUGCUUGAACAACCACGGGUUUUUUCUUUGUGGCUAUCUCGCGCAUAGGUGACUACACUGCGUUCUAAACUUGACUGAGUAGAUCUUAUUUUUGCUGCACUAAGUCUUACAUUUAUUUAGAGGUCAUGGAGCUGGUUUGUUUAAUCCGUAUUGAGUAAUUAUUUCCUGUGGUUAAUGUUAUUUUCGCUAAUUAGAAUUUGUUGACCUCAGAUGCAGUUGUAAAGUACUAAUUUCUUUGACCACUCUUAAAGCCUAAAGCUUUUUAUUACGGCUAAAUAAAUAUUUUAGUUUCUUUGGUCUUUUCCGACUAAAAUGCCUGGAUCUGGACAACUACAAACCAAGGAGCCUUGGUUUGUAGUUUCUUUGUCACUGCUUUGUCCGUGAAUGUUUUGACGCUGGGCCCGGUUUUUAUGUGUUGUUUGCAGGAUGUUGUAUUUUUACGUGUAGCGCGAUCUUCAGAUUUGAGUUGUAGCUUAAGCUACACCAAGCAAAAGAGUAUGGAGAAUUACGCUGUGCGUCUUUCUUCUACCGUAUGCGAUUCAUCGACCACAAUCGCGGACACCGUUCGAUGUUUGCGCUGGAGUGCGUUAUUCUCUAACACCGAGUAAUAGAGAAAAUUGAGGUGAACUUUCUCGAAGCACUGAAAUUUACUGUUUCUGUCAUAAGGUCCAUUGCUGCUUUACAGCUCAGCGACAACAUUUCAGAUAUCUGGUCGUCGAUAGUACUUUUUAGAGGGGAAAUUGUGAUCAUACAGGUUUUCGAUGAGGAUAUUUCUUCUUUGGCCAUAGCAAAGACAGUAAAGAUCAUGCUCUUGCCAAAUCUUGUUGACAAAAUUUCCAUGACAUCUCUCCUUUGAAGAAGACUGUAAAUGGCCAUUUCCUGUUUAGGCUUCAAUACAAUUGCCCUGUUUUCCCGUCAAAUAUUCAAGAUCGACGACGCUCCGGUCAACGCUUCUUUGAUAUUUUGAUUUUGUUUUGCGGAGAUGAUUUGUUCAGUCCCUCGAAACUCUCCCAUGGGAGAUUACCAAAAUAUUUGAUUGACAGGCGAACAUUCCGAACCAAUCGGAACGAUCCGUACGCUGGCGUGCGGACCGACUCAAAAAAGCCCCCCGUCCGUGCAGGCGGUUUUUCAGGUUGCUUCCGCCCCAAUCUCCUCGCGGUUUCUCUGCCCUCGCCCGCCUUUAUUACUUGACGCGCCCAACCAAAACCGCCAUGCUACGCAGGCUAAACUUUAUUCUGAUCUUCUAUACCUAUAGGUGUGUUGGUUCAUAUGCGGACAAUAAUCCUAAGAAGCCCAUUGACUUGAUCGGCAAAGGUGCAGACGGGUUACAAGGAAUCGUCACACAGCUGAAAAAUGAUAUUGUUGCUUAUGCCUUACUACGAGUGGUGAGUGAAUAUGAUUAUUCGCGCUUUUUUAAGUGAUUACUCUUUAAAGCAUGCGACUCAUCGUGCAUUAGUCAUAGCCAAUUGAAAGGGAAGGAACUUCGCUCAAGAAAAAAAGAUGUUGAUGACCGGAUUUUCAAAGUCAAACAAACACACAAUAACAACCUACGAAACGCCAUCAACGGAUACCCAGGAGCAAAUAGUGGGGGGCGGGGAAGGGGGGUGGAUGGGAUGGUAAACUCGUGAUAAACUCGUCAACCUGCCAGAGGGGCUAUUGCAGGACAAUCCGGUUUCCUGUGACUGCACUUUGGUUUUGUAGAAAUAUCACAAAACAAUGAAAUAAUAAUUUUUGAAAAAUAAUAAUAAUAAUCACGGAAAUUUACAAGCGUGAACGCCGCAGGGGCGGGGGGGGUCUUGUCCGAUUUAUUUGGAUUUUGUUUAUUUGUCUUUUCUUUUCAUCAGCAAGAUGUUGUUGAUGGCAUAACAACAGUGAAGUUCGUCUUUAUCACAUGGGUGGGCGAAAACGUCAAGCCAAUGACCAAAGGAAAAAUAAGUACGCACAAGUCAACAAUCGAAAAGGCAUUCCAUGUAUCCUUCGUAAUAAAAAUAAUACUGAUAUUACUAACAGUACACGUGUACUGCCUAUAUUCCGUAUGUCAGUUAAAGUUUACUUCACGGUGGUAGCUAAUUACGGUGAAACCUCCUCAAUGCGGACACCAAAGGGAGAGAUCCAAGUGUCUUAGUUGCAGAAGUGUCUGUGUCUGUUCAAAGAGGUAGAAACGGAAGAACUAUAAAGGUUAAUUUAACUCACCUGUUUUAACGUGUGAUCGAUGUGAUUGGGCGCUUAAUUUUAAUUGUGGCGGUGUGUUCGAGCAGCUCGCUCGUUACACGAUGAGAUACCAGGAAUCUGAUUUACAUCUUGAUCUUAGUUCUUCUUUGACUUCUGCUAACGAUCCUAAUCUUCUUACUCUUCUUCUCUACUAAAUCCUAACUCUUCUCCCUAACUAGUCAAAUAGCCGCCGUUUUUGUAACCAAAGCUGGUCAUGUUUGGGUUAGCUGACCGUGGGAAUAAAAACAAGGUGAACUCAGUGUGGGUAAUGUUUUGAUAUUACUGAACCUACAUGGUUGCAAUCGGCAAGAAGCUACGAACACUGAAAAACUAAAACGCUAGUUAACAAACCCAAACGGAAAGUUCAACGAGACUAGUGAACCAGGGUCAGCUCUAACAUCACAAAUAUGACCACCUAUGAAAAACUAACAUCGGACAACGGCAAGCGAAGAAUAUUCGUAAAAUGACAUUACUGAGUAAACUCGCGAGCUAAGCAAAAAUUCAAGUACAAGCCUGAAGUAAAAACAUAAGAUGGAAACAGGAAAACACCUAUGGACAAAAUCCAAACAAACCCUUACCCACUUAAUGAAACAAAAACGAAACUUAAAAGAUGAGACAAAUCCGUCUUAAAAAUAACUUUCAAAAUACUUCACAACAUAAUUAUACCAAGGAGGUGGGCGUCCGUGUCGGUCUACGGCCGCUCUAAUUGCCAAACUCAACUUUUUGCCUAUUUUCGAGCCAAGAAAAUCUCCAUUUUUUACAUAUAUAUAUUUCACUAUAGGCUGUUUCAUCUAUUGAGAAAAUUUCUCCUUAACAGUUUAUCUAGCCAGCGCAUGUUACCAUCUAUGCAAACGCCUUAAGCGAGUUAUCAGAAGAUAUAGUUAUGUCCAAAGUACAAAAUGCAAGUGGAUCAAAGUCCCAUGUCAAAUAGGUGCAGAAAAUGGAGCAAAGAAAAUUGGACGAUGACACCAUCGAUAUUUAGGUAGAUGUGCUGUAAAAUUUUUAAUGUCAUCGACAAAUAGUUAAGCACUGAGACAUUGUUUAUUAUUACUCUUAAAUGGUUUAGUAUACGUCUGAAUUCUAAAUGUGAGACCGGAUCGUCUAUAUUGCCUUGAGCAUGUUUGACGAUUAGGAUGAUUCAGGCGUUGAUAUGAAAACUAUCCUACAUCUGGCCAGGCUAUAUGCCAACUAUCCCACAUAGGGCCAGGCUAUUACGAUCAUCUUGAUUCCUUAAACACAUUUUAAGACGACAUAGGGCCCUUGCAACAGUGAGUUUACGAAACAGGGCGACAGGAAGAAGAAGGCUGCAAAACGCGUGUGUGUGACAAAACUGACAGGGUUAUUACUUGCGUGUUUUGUCUCAAUCUUCACUUAUAAUCAAUGUUUUCUGUUCUUUUACAAAAAGAUCUGCUAAAAAAGGUCAAGAAGUUUGAAGGAAGGUUUUUUCAAACAAUUAUUUUCACGUUUGUCACGGAAGGUUUGCCGUCUUCUUGUCUCUCCCGUCCUGUUGCGUAAGUUCAGGCUGUCACUCAGUACUGGGUUGCCAGACCUGCCCGUUAGUGAAGAGAAUAGACCCUUCCACGAUGUUUGUUUGUUUGUGUGUGUGUUUUUUUCAACUUGUGACAUUGACAAGGUAGAAAAAAUCCGUCGACACCAAUGGAAAAAGCGCCAUUAAAAAAAACAUAAUAAUGAUAAAAUAAAAAAUAAUUAAAAAAAAACAUGCCACCCCCACCCCACCAUGUAGAAAUGUGGAAGGAUUUCAUACGAGUAGAACUGAGAACAUAACACUUAAAUCACCAUAAGACGGACUAAUCUGUGCUGGUACAUAAGCUGCGCACGUUGUUUUCCGUUGAGCAGGCGUUUGUGGGGAGGGAAGAAAUACGAGCUCGCCUAAAAACGCCUGCGUGGGAGGCUAUCCAGUCAGGGGAUCGUUCACGUUUCUGGGUAACUGACCACCUACCCAUCCCCUAAAUCAACAUUUUGCCCUAAAUGAGAAGUGAGUGUUAAUUUUGUUUUAGGGGAGGGGUAGGUAGUCAGUUGCCCCGAUAUGUAACCCCCAGGUUAGUCUAUUCGUUAAUCCUGCGAACAGCAUUGUUGGAAACUUGGCAAAAACUCUCCAGAAAAGCCCCUUUCACUUUCACUUUCAAGUUGACCGAUCUAGCCGGCCAGUUCUUACUUUAGGUAAACACCCUUAGUCGACUGAGAUGAUCCACACUUUCAUUACAUUUAUGGAAACCAGUUUUUAUCAGUCAUGGUUAUAAAGAAAUCCAAAUCUAUUGGGGGAGAAGAUGAGAAAAAACUAAAUAGUACCAUGUGACAGUUUUUAUUGAGCUCUAAUUUACGUAAAAUAAUGUUCUAUCCCUAGCACUUCAUUUUUUAUUGUGAAAUAUUCCGUGUACAUGUAGAACUAGAUUAGAUAUCUCAAGAAGUAAAAGUGUUAAUUGAAGUGUCAUUUUUAUUACUAGUAGUUAUUAUUAUAAUGGGCUUGAACGCCAUAGAUUGAUCAGGGUAUUAUGCGGCAUUUUCAUCUUUCUAAAGUGGGAAAGUAGGCUAUAACUUUCGAAUUGCAACUAAGCUCGUUGGUUACACCUUCGAUUCAUUGGUAUAAUUUUACGGUGGAUUUUUUCUCAUUGUGUAACGUUAUGGAAUUUUAUUUCCUUUUUGUAAACCUCUUCUUAGUCAUACAUCUUAUAAAAAAUGGUAUCGCCUGUUUUGCAAGGAGAAAAUUUACGUCGUUGGCUGACGACGAUGUCUGAAAUGUAUACAUGCAAGAAGGGAAAUACCUCUUGACUUUCCGCGUUCAAGGUCCUUUUUGUAAGUUGCGGACCGAGCGUUUUUUCCCGCUCGGAUUCGCGGCCGGCCCUGUACGCGCCCAAGCCGUUUAUCUAAGCGGGAAAGAAACGCGGGGAUCCUUACGGACCGAGAAAACGAGAUUCUUGAUAUAAGUAUAAUGUCUCUACAUUUAUGUAGAGUUGCGAACGAUUCAAUUUAAGCCGAACUUGACGAACGACAAGUAGUGUAUUGCUAGUUUAAGUAUUCUGUAGUUUGUCGUGGUUGAAGCGGUGUAUUGAAAAAGAGAAGACGAAGGACUUGAUGCUCUUUAAAUAUUACCACACUGGGAGCACGUCUCUGUUGCCUGUUUAUGAAAGGCAAAAGCGUCAGGCAUGUGGAAGUUUCCCAUUUAAGAGGCUUGAUGGGGCCUGAAUGAAGAAAAUAUAAACAUUAUUAAUGAAAUAAGGUGGUGACCGUUAUCAGAAGUAAUGUUAUUUUCGCCUUUGCUACUGCAAAAUGCGGGAGACUGAAAUUUUGCUGAGGUGAUCCAAAUAACUUGAACAGAAGGAAAUGCUUCAAAAUGUUGGAAAUAAAAUUUAAAGUGAAGCUCAUUUGUUUCUUGUCAGUCUGUCAAUAACUUUCAGCUAGUCAAAGGGCCGUAUUUCGUAGUCGGUUAAUUGGUACCAAAGGUAUGCUUACAGGCAAUAUUUCAGGCACUUUGAUAAGAGAUUAAAAGCCUUUCUGACCCGUUGUUUGGAAACUGAUUUGCCUCCUAAAAAGAGGACCAAAAUUACAGCGAAUGUACCACUCUCAAAUAGAAGUCACAUUUACCUUGCUAGUGAUCAUGAAGCACUGUUGGUAAUAUAAUUUGGUUUAUACUAUACUACAUGAGAAAUUACUGCAAUUUGAUUGGCUUAGAGCAGUGGUAUUUCUGCUUAAUUUGAAAUGCCUACAUGUGAAAAUUACAAACCUUUUGUGCGUAGUAGUAUAAACAAAUAAUAGCAUGAUUUGUACGUGAUAUUUGGCAUAAACACCACUCGUGAUAUUUCAAAAUUGUCUCAAAUUUCACUCGCUUAACAGCUCGUGAAAUUACGUGUAACAAUUUCGAAAUAUCACUCGUGGUAUGUAUGCCAAAUAUUACUACAAAUCAUGCUAUUACCUAUGCUAACCCACCAUCUCCAAUGUUUUGGUUUUUGUCAUCUCUGACUUACACGCGUCCGUCGCACCCCUUUUGAGUCAACCGACUUCUUGCUCGAAGGUACGUCCGUCCACCCAUCAGUACAGACAGUGACAUGCGUAGCAUCAUGUCCAUCAAAUUUCUCAAACUGUCGAGUGUGCUUGUAAUUUGAUAUUAUGUCGCAGAAAAAUGACCAUUUCCUUUUUAAUUUGCUUAAUUCUGAACGCGAUCUAAACCCAUGUGUCGUUUAUCAUAAUCACAAUUAUAGAUCCUACUUCAUUGGCGUAUAUCCUUUUCAAUCUUGUCGCAGGUAGCUGUAAGGAUCUAUCAAAAGGUUUCACAUCAACGGUGAUUUCGUUUACGUUCAUCACUGGUUAACAGCGUAAAGAACCAGCAAUAGUAUCGAAUUCAAAAUUAGAUAUCAUUUUUUUUUUGCGUGUCGGAUUUCACGGAAUUCAGAGCUGUAAUAGUUAGUUUGUGAUUUGGCUCUAGGGAAUAAAUACAGAGGAAAUAAGCACUAGUAACAAAGUGAAAUUAAACAGAAGAAUGUUUUCUCUUUGACAUAUAUUUUUGCUACGGUUUGGUCUAAAUUCGUUUUCUUAUUGUUAAGCCUCCUUACGAUACAGCCUACUAGAAUCUGUAACGUACAAUUUCAUCAUUGCUGAUGCUCAUUGCCUUCACAUUGGCAACAAAUUCAAGUUCUGUUCCACUUGACUUAUUUGCGGUUGUUUCUCGAUAUAAGCUGCACUACCGCCGUGUUGUCAAUAAAAGCGCAUAUGUGUCUGGUCAUAUAUGUCACAAAUUGACGGAGGCUUGCAAGGAUUACCCAUUUUAAUGGAGGUGCUCUAUUUCCAUCAAUUUACACUGAAACUUUCAAAUUCUGCAUUGUCAUUUGUCCCUAUCACCCUGAUAGAAUAUCACAGCUCAGUAUUGAUAAAGAUUGUUCCCUUUUUAGUAUAAUCCAUCUUCGUUUGGCACUACUUAAGAACCUCUGUGUUUAUGUUGUCAUUAUGCCCUGUUAGUCCACAAAAUUAAAAGUGGUAUCAGAUUUUCUGUUGACUCUGGUUCAGAACUGAAGGUACAGGAACUGCAAAUUAACCAUUCAGCAUGCAUGGGUAACCCUUUAUUACCGCAAGCAGUAAAUAAAGUACACGACCGGAAGUUGAGGCAUGUUGCUAUAUUUAGACGGGAGUGAUGAAAGGAAGGGGAUUUUUUUUUCCACGAAGAGAGAGGGAGAGUAAUCUCUCGUUGUGUCAUGAUGAUGUGGGUCUUGGAAAAUUUUUUACCUACCUUAAUGGAUUGUCUCAUUUGUUUAUAUUUAUGUAUUUAUUUGUCGCUCUUUUCCUAUUCAUCCGUGAAAUAUCAUUCAACCUUAACUGACUCAGAGUAUCGGCAGUUGAUAGUAUCGGCAUUUUAGCUGGAUCGCCGUCUGCAUCCUCACCCUCCUCCCUCCCUCCCUCGCCACGCCUCUUGCUACGUUUUGCGGAAGCCAAAUAUAUUUUGACGAUGUAUGUUGAUUUGCAAGGACAUUUUUUGGGUUGUUUGCUAUUUUAUCCUUUUACUGAGAUACUUCAUUUAUUGAACAAAGCACUGAUCUGUCUUACGACUGUUCCUCUAAUGAAGCUUAUUUAUCUACCUGUUUUAAUUUUAAAUAAAUGUUUCAAAGCCAAAACAUUGCGAUCUUUAAAUUCAUGGUGGACACUAAGCAUAGAUCGGCAGUUCUCAUCCUAACAGAAAAGCCGGCUUGGGAAUAAUGAUGAUAAGUUGAAUAUAUAAAGAUACCUAGCUCUACCGCGAAGAUAGUAAUUUUCGAGUCAUAAGCAAAAGUACCAAAAUAGUCGAAAAACAAAGUGGUUUUCUUCUCUUGUUUGUUGCCGUGCUGUUUAUUUUCUGCAACAGCCUGUGAGAUUUAGCAAUCAAAUCUUGUAAUUAACAUCGCACGCGCCAAUUAACAGGUUCAAUGAGUUUGCUUUCAAUUGCAGAUUCAUCACGUAAAACUAUUUCAGCGAUAAAAGGAAGUUCUUGUUUCUAGUGCGACACUGAAAACUUACUUGAAGGAAGAAUAAAAGUGUUAUUCCGCUUUACCUUUUUUUCCGGCCAGUUUAGAGUCCGUUAUGACGGAUACCAAAUGACCCUGUAAAAUGUCCAAGAAUAUAUGAAGAAAUAAGCUCAUUAUUGUUGUUAUUAUCUAUUUAUUUUUCAGUUUUGUUUGUUUGUUUGUUUUAAUGAAAAGAAAAAAAGACCGAUUAUGACCACAUUAAAGUUUUAAAGAGGUUAUAAUAUUAAUAGUGCUUCAUCGUUUACACCUCUCCAGCAAAAAGCGGAGAAUUCAAGAACCGUAGAAAAGAGAUGUCACCUGAUGUUCAUAUGACGGUGAAUUCAUUAGCACCCUCUAUGCGCUGUGAGGUUAAUUAUACAAUUUCGGCGGAAGAAACUGAUUCUUGCAGCCAAGUGAUGCAGCAAGUUCCUCAAUUAAACAAGAAGGAUGCCUUACCACGUGGACUGCAUUAAAGAGGAUGAAAAGUUUUAUUUAAAGAAAGUGCAAAUGGUAUCGAAAAUAGAACACAGAACAAUGACUUGUUCCAACUCAGAUCCGCAUUCUGCAUAAGUAGAGGAAGAUAACUCCCAUCCAUGAGGAUCAACUGGAAAGAGUUAGGAAAUCUGAACUACUAAACUGGACGAAAGGCGUAAUUCGCUAAAAAUGUCCUGGAGUAAUAGUCGAGUGGUGUUCAAGGUUCCCGGUGUAGCUAUAAAAGAAAGUCAGAUUUUCUGGACUGUCAAAUUCAGAGAGUUGAAAGAACACAGAACACUUCUGAGUAUAUUCGAGUUUUUAAGGCAACUGAACUACCUCGACUAGCCUGACGGGUUAAUUGACUAAAAUGGCAUUUUGCGAAAGAAAGGUAAGUGCAAAUUGAUGAUUCAGGGCAAAGUCUAAAAAAUAUUUUUCCUUACUUCGUUUUUAUUGUGAUUGGGCUUUCCCUUCUUUCAAAAAUUCUGCAAAAAGAGAAGAAUUAGGCAGAUGACUACUUUUGCAGGAGCUAGUCGUCCGUCUAAACUACGUUUUGCAGUAUGACAUACAGCACUACACUCAUCAACUCUUGAAUGGCCCCUCGAGCACUAAGUCGUUUAUCUUCUGAGUUUUGCAAAAUGUUGGCAAGGAAUAUUGCACAAAAAAAUAAAACAACAACAAAAAAAUACACUCCAGAGCGUCUCCGUAAAACUUAGCACUACUUCAAGCAGAAAUCAUGAACUGCUACGGGGUGUUUGUUUCUUAUGUUACCACCAUUCGAUAACUAUAAACCACACAGACCCAAAAUCCCUAGCUUUAAGUCGCUCUGAGAGAGGGCCAGAGUUCAAAACUACAAGUUUUUAAACCUGUUAGCUCAGUUGGUAACUUGGUUGAACUCUCUCUUCAUGUUUGUUGGCUUGUUAUUUUGGUGUUUAUUGUUUCACUUGUUUACAUAAUGGUCAUAUUGGGGAAACUUGUACUUAUCGAAUGACUUUUUAAUUUUCUUCUCCUUCAGAAAAGUGUCAUUUACACCACCUCAGCUGUUCUUUUACUGGUUUUCUCGUUGUAUGGAAAUUCAGCAGAAAGCAAACCGACAAUUCCAACGUUACAAAUUCGUCAAGACAUAAACCCUACGGAACAAAGCAUCUCUGAAGGCUCUGCUGAAGAGAAGUCUGGCUUGCUCGUUAUUGCCCCAGAAGAAAAAGAUGACAUGGCAGUUAGUGACAAUAGAGACGAGAAUGCUUUGCACUCAGACGGAACAAGCACACCGCUGGGACGAAGAGCAACAUCUAAACGCCAGAGUAAGGCAAUCCGAUUCAAGAGGAACACCACACCGAACCCAUGUGUAGAGAGAUACCAGCUCAAAUUGAUAGACCGCGAAACAGUUGUGCCCACCGUGAUAUGUGCAGAGGGUUGUAAAGAAAUUAAAAGAGUGUAUUUCUUUAAAGAUAGGGAUGAUCCACUAACAUUUGCAGUAGACUGUCAACGGCCUGCCGAAGGAGCACGGCGAUGA